AUGGAUAAGUUCCGCAUGUUCUUCCAGCACUUCCAGUCCAACUCGGAGUCUGUGAUGAACGGCAUCUGUCUGCUGUUGGCUGCGAUCACGGUCAAGCUGUACUCCUCUUUUGACUUCAAUUGCCCCUGCCUGGCACGCUAUAAUGCCCUCUACGGCCUGGGCCUCCUGUUCACGCCUCCGCUUGCCCUCUUCCUCUGCGGCCUCCUCGCCAAUCGGCAGUCUGUGGUGAUGGUGGAGGAGUGGUGCCGGCCGGUGGGGCACCGGAAGAAGGACCCAGGCAUCAUCAGGUAUAUGUGCUCCUCUGUGCUGCAGAGAGCACUGGCUCCCUCUCUGGUCUGGAUCCUGCUGGCCCUUCUCGAUGGGAAGUGCUUUGUCUGUGCAUUCAGCAGCUCUGUGGACCCUGAGAAGUUUCUGGAUUUUGCCAAUAUGACCCCCAGCCAGGUGCAACUCUUCUUGGCAAAGGUGCCUUGCAAGGAGGAUGAGCUGGUUCGGAACAGCCCUGCUAGAAAGGCAGUGUCUCGCUACCUGCGGUGCCUGUCACAGGCCAUCGGCUGGAGUAUCACCCUGCUGCUCAUCCUCGCAGCCUUCUUGGCCCGAUGCCUGAGGCCCUGCUUCGACCAGACGGUGCUUCUGCAGCGUAGGUACUGGAGCAACUACGUGGACUUGGAGCAGAAGCUCUUUGACGAGACGUGCUGCGAGCAUGCGCGGGACUUUGCGCACCGGUGCGUACUGCACUUUUUCGCCAGCAUGCAGAGCGAGAUGCGGGCAAUGGGGAUGAGUCAGGACGCUGCAGGCAGGGACCCCCAGCACAUUGAGGUGCCCGAGCCCGAAGAGGGCCUGGAUGGCAGUAGUGGGAAGACCCACCUGCGUGCCAUCGCCAGCCGGGAGCAGGUGGACCACCUUCUGAGCACAUGGUACUCCAGAAAACCACCACUGAACCUUGCGUCACCCCCUGGGCUCUGGGGGGGUGGCCUCAACCACCGGGUCCCCACAGCAGUCCCAGGUCCCGGGCUAACCCAGCACACCGACGUGUAG